CGAACCGGCAACCUUCCGAUUACAAGGCGAACUCCCAACUCUUGAGCCACGAUCGCCCACAAAAAGUACUAUUUCUCUAAUGAACGGAAUUAGUGAUGCAAAGGGGUUAACAGCCAAAUCCAUUUGGACAGAAAUGCGGACUGAUUGGUUGAUUUACAUAUAUUUUUAUACACUAAUGUAAAGAUAAUAUAAUAAGUUCAUAAUGUUGUGAUGUUUUGUGCAUUUGCGGGCUUUUCUGUAAAACAUUUAAACUGAUACAUAAAUACACAGAGUACUGUGAUGAAGCCACCCCUUUUAAGACCUUUUCAAACAACGGCGCUUUGUCGGAUUCUUGCUUUGUGUGACACAGUUAAGCUACAACUGCAGGGAUUAAAUGGAAGCACAUGAUGAUUCAGCCCCGUGAUUUCUUAGUUGGGUCAUGGACUCAGUCAUUUCCUCUCAUUUUCUUUUCUUUGUCUUCUUUCUUCUGACACGAUAGUUCAUUUUCUUCCUUUCUCUUUCUCCCCGCUGCUCUUUCCUUCAGUCCAUCAUGGCAUCCCCUCGGAUGGAGACUUUCUGCUGCCCGAACCGAGACGCAGCGACAGAGUUUGUGGUCACUUUUCAGCCCGUCUUAUUCGGCGCUUUAAGUCUGGGAAGCGCGGCUUUAAGCCUCUUAUUCGCUAUUUUACAAAUUCUACCAAAACGCAAAGGAUACAGAAGACUCGGGCAGUAUCCUCUGCCAAGGCCUGCGUCCUCCUCGCGGAUAUUGUUCAUCAUCAGUAUAUGCGACAUACUGGGAUGCACAGGUGUCAUUGUAAGAUCAUCUGUGUGGCUAGGUCUGCCAAACAUCGUCGACCACAUCUCAGUAGUCAACAACACCGAUGUCUGGCCAGAAGUCUUCUGCAUAGGCAGCGCAAUGUGGAUCCAGUUGUUUUUUAGCGCUUCUUUCUGGUGGACCUUUUGUUACGCGGUUGACGUCUUCCUGGUGGUGAAAACAUCUGCAGGAAUCAGCACCAUUAUACUCUACCACAUGAUUACAUGGGGCCUGGCUGUGCUGCUGUGUGUUGAAGGAGUGGCCAUGCUGUACUAUCCAUCUAUUUCUGACUGUGAGCAGGGCCUCCAGCACGCAAUUCCUCACUAUGUCACCACAUACGCACCGAUGCUGCUCGUUCUCAUAGCCAACCCUGUGUUUUUUAAUCGGACCGUAUCUACUGUGACAUCUUUGCUGAAAGGACGACAAGGAAUCUAUACGGAAAAUGAGAGACGGCUGGCGAAUGAGAUAAAAAUACGCUUCUUUAAAAUGAUGCUGGUGUUCUUUAUUUGCUGGGUUCCCAACAUCAUUAAUGAGAGCCUCCUCUUCUACCUGGAGAUGCAGACAGACAUCAGUGACAAUAGUUUGAGGAAUAUCAGGAACACAGCUCUCAUCACAUGGUUUAUCAUGGGUAUACUGAACCCCAUGCAGGCUUUCCUUAACACCCUGGCCUUUCACGGCUGGACAGGCUUUGACGUUGACUUCAGCCUGCAGCAGAGGAGGGAGCUGGUCUGGGACUCUGUCUCUACUUCAGCAGCUAACAUGACCUCCCAUAACCCUGUGGUGGGAACUACUCUGCUUUACCAGAGUCACGUCCAGGAAUCACAGAAGAACAUGAUGGGAAACGGGCAACACCACUCUGAUGCCAUCAGCGUCCUCUCAGAAGGUUCAGAGUCUAGUACAGUUGAAAUCCACAUUUCCAGCGAGCUACAAGACUAUGAGGAUGUAGACGCUGACGGAGAAUCCUUGGAGAACUCUGUGAGGCACUAACUGGGGUCGUCCACAAACCACCUUCCUCCACUUUGCUGCACCGCAUUGUUUUUGUAGUCAUGUUUUUUUUUGUAGAUGGUCUCCCAUUAAGCCUUUGUUUUCCUGCUGAGAUUUAAACUGGUCAUGAGUUUCAUUAUUUGGUAUGACAGACUAAGCCUCAUUCCUGAGUCCAAUCCUUUUUUUUUCUUUUUAAAUCUCUGUUUAAAAAAAAAAAAAAAGUGCUACGUUUCAGACCCAUCAGCACAACAGUCCCAAAGCUACGGUCUCUCGUAGCAGCCGACAGAACACACACAACUCUCCGGCUGACCUUUAAAAGUAUUUUAAGUGCUUGAAGAAGCAUUUCUUCAAAUUCUUUAAAUUGGAUACAUUGAUUCUGUGACAAGAAUCCUUUUCAUUAAGCUGUAAAAGCCCAACAAAAUGAAGUAAGCUAAAUAAUUAAUCUUAAAACAAAGUUAUUGUAUUUCCAGUUGUCAGUGUUGUAUUUUUGCACACAUGUAUUCCAUGCUAUAUUAAAUAUCUAAAUAUCUUUUACACUUUUGACUCAAAAACCUUUCAUUUUUUCCAAAUCUACAAUAUGUUAAUAAGCUUAAGAAAAAGGGGGAAACACACAAUUCAAGACAAAGGCAUGAGUUCUGUUAUCAAAAUAGAGUAAUUUAUUUGAGACACUGAAUGACUUCAAUGUUUUGUUUUUUUCUUGGAAACAGGUGACAGACCCUGGAUCAGGGUGAAAGAGAUAGUAGCCGUCACAGCGCUUAUUCCAUAUUGGGCUCCUUAGCAUGCCAAGAAUGGCCACUGACCUACAGCCCAAUGCUCAGUCUGACACAGACAAUAAUGGCUCUUAGCAAAUUUAAAAAAAAAAAAGUAGUCAAAAAAAAUAUUAAA